GGAGCAACCUCCAAACAUUUGGAGUGAUUUGGCGCAACUUCUCUACUCCCGCGUGAAGUCAUGUUUUGUUUUGAAGAUUACUGCGUGACUACAGCUUUAUUUACACAUAUAACCUAUAUCUCCAGAUUGGGAAGCAAAUGAGAGAGAGGACCCAUGGGCGUUCCAGGUGCUCAAGGUCUGAGUGGACGCAAAGGAGAGAGAGGACCCAUGGGCGUUCCAGGGGCUCAAGGUCUGAGUGGACGCAAAGGAGAGAGAGGACCCAUGGGCGUUCCAGGUGCUCAAGGUCUGAGUGGACGCAAAGGAGACAAGGGCUUCCAAAGAAGAGGUGGACCCAAUGGAGACAUUGUAGACUCCGACGUGGAGGGACUAGCUGGUGAGAAAGGGGAAAAGGUAUGUCUGGAGAAUCUGGCACUAAAGGACAGCACAGAGUGAGGAGACCUUGGACAUAAUGGUCCAACAUGGAGACUCUGGGAAGCCAGGUGAUGUAGGACCCCCUGGACUGCCUGGUCCUCGGGGGUUGAAAGGCAUGAGCGGUGUGCAUGGCAGGCCGGGUAUUGAGGGUCCACCGGGACAAGAUAUAUCUGACCAGCAUAUUAUUGAUGUGGUAUAAAGAAUGUUGCAAGAGAGGCUGGCAGCAGUAGCAGUGAGCACUACAAGGGCUACGCCGUUGAACAACCGGCUAUUCUGGUCCUCCGUGAUUAAUGGUUCCACAAGGACCACAUGGUUUGCCUGGUUCCCGAAGAAUUCCUGGAACGAUGGGAGCUGACAGACGGAUUGGAAACACAGGUCUUAAAGGUGACCUUUGGGGAGGGGUCGUUGUCGUUGGAUGUCAGCGAGUUCGAAUGAAAGGUCAGCGUGGCCGUGUCCCGUCUGCUGACAUGUGACGACGGCUGUUGCAAGGUGGCAAAUGUGCUGACCCUCCGGAUGACCUCUCACGUGCCUGGCGCACUUGAGCAGCAGGAAGGGGGUCCCCAAGCGGCGGUCUGAGGGUCUCCUCCAUCGCAGGUUCGUCGUACCGUCAGUUGGCUCGCUUUGGUCCUCUGCACCUUGUCCCCGAGCUGCCUUCUUGGGCAUUAUGCAGUGGGUGGCUCUCUCUGGCUCUUCCUCACGCGGCCUCGAGGUCAUGCUGGGGGGGGCCGGAUUAUCGGGUCGCAGGUUGCUGUGCUGACGGCGGACUCGUUGCGGUAUUGUCGAGCCCAGACACACCGUGUAGCUGUCCAUCCCUGUGCGCUCGGACGCGCCACAGGCGUGAGGAGGAUGCUGAUCCGGGGUCAGAGGUCACGUGACUCAAGCAGGAUUUGCACCAUCUUUUUGACCGCUCCAGCGGGCUGCGUGCCAUCUUUUUGACUGCGAGCUGGAUGUGUUGUGGACCUCAAUGUUCAUUAAAAUUGUGUUAAUCCUCACUGACAUUCUUCUUUUUUGUGGCAAAAUGGGGAGUGAACCUCUGCACUAAUGUGGUUGCAUAAUGGAUAGCAACAUUG